UAUUUGCUGCGAUUGGAUUCACUCCGCAGCUGCAACACUCAAAACCUAGAGAGGAUGAGAGAGUGUGCAACCUUCGGGAACGAUGGGUAGGGAGGCAGAGAUAUGGAUAGGGUUUGGAGGGAGGCAGAGAUAUGGAUAGGGUUUGGAGGGAGGCGUGGCGAAGUGCGAACGAUGGGUUUGAGCGCUUUGUCUUUGGAGUGAAGAAGACUGCGGAGCGCAUCGACCGACGCUAUUCUCUUUCGCGGCGUCUCUCGGCCGUGGCGAGGGCGGCCGCCAACCGAGCCCGCGAGAUUGAUCGUGAAUUUGAGAUUGGACAACGUUACCGCGCUUUCAGCAUGGAUUUUCAAAGAAACUGGCCCAAGUACUGGAAGCAGCUCAACAACUUUCUGGAUAGUCCGGUCGGAAAGAGCUUUGCUACACUAUUCUUCAUUUGGUUCGCACUGUCUGGUUGGCUUUUUCGGAUUUUGAUAAUCGCAACAUGGGUACUUCCAUUUGCUGGACCUCUUCUCAUUAGGACUUUGGCCAACACCAUAGUUAUUAAGGUAUCUGCUGUGUGCUGUAUCUAUAUCAUUGGGACAUGGUUUAGAGUUAAUAAAAUAUUAGUAUUUAACAAUUAAAUGUUAAUUAAUUUUGAGGAAUAAAAUCACUGAAGUAGGAUACAAUUUUUCUAAUUAAAACUUUUUCAUAUAUAUGACAAAAGAACGAAAUUUCUUCUUCCUUAUAUUUAAUUAUACCAAGGAUUUCUAGUGUUGAUU